GCAUCAGAAGCUGGAGUUCGUCGAAAACGUGUGGAAACCAGGAAGCAGUGACCAUUGCAAGACAAGUAGCAGUCCAGCCAGAAAUGCCAAGGAUAGCCCAGAGACAAAUGCAUAGAAAUAAUGCUCCUGCUGCAACUCCUGAGGGAUAUUUCAAGAUCAAUCUCACUAGAGUUUUUCUUGACCAUGUACUCCAGCAGCUCAACACCAGAUUCCAGGAUGAUGUAUUUGUUUGCUAUAAAGGUAUUUCGAUUAUUCCCUCUGUUUUACUAGCUACUGACCCUGCCUGGAAGGCCAAUGUUUUGGAAUUUUGUAACCAUUACAGACAGGACAUACCAAAUUAUGCAGGAUUACAGGCAGAGCUUUUGUUAUGGGAGAGAUUGUGGAAGGGGAGGGAUAACAGAGGAGAUAUUAUUCCUGACAGUUUGGAGGCUACACUGAAGGAUAUUGACAAAGAUGCAUAUGUCAACAUCUAUUCCAUGCUGAAAGUCCUGAUCACAAUUCCAAUUUCAUCUGCGUCUUGUGAGAGAUCCAUAUCAUCCCUUCGGAAUCUUAAGAACUAUUUGAGAAAUACAAUGACCCAGGACAGACUGAAUGGAUUGGCACUGAUGCAUGCCCACAGAGACAUGGAUUUUGACCUUGAACGUAUAAUAGAUUUAUUUGCUGAGUUACAUCCUAGGAGAAUGAGAAUGGCAAACAUUUUGUAAUAAUUUUUUGCACCAGCUGUUUCUAGAGUACUUGUGAGUUAUGUUCUGUCUGGGUUAUGGCCUUUAAGUCUCAUAAUCCUUAAACUGAUGGAGAACAGUACAGAAGCUCAAACUGGUGCCUGUAUAACUUUUUUCAACUCAUUUCAAGGUUAUUUUCUAUUUUGUUUUACUUGUGAUGAUUUUCCAUUGACAUUGACAUUGGGUUUUCAUGUUAAGCUUAAAUGGUUAACAAACAUUUUCACUGAACUCAACCAGCUUCACAGCAAUUCCCAAGGAUGAAGAAA